AUGCCUGCCAAUAAUAAUGAUGAACUUGAACAGAACAAAAAUCCAAAUAUCAAGACCAUCAAUGUUAAAAUGACGCCAAGAAAUAUUUCGAGAAGGGUAGAAAGUAGAAACAUCUCAGUAAAAACCAAAGAUCACAACAUAGAACAAGAGGAAGUUCUAAUAACACUUGUGUUCGAAAGACGGCCACUUUGGGACCACACUUUGCCAUUGUCUCAGCGAUCUAAGGCGAUAAAAGAUAAAUUAUGGUUGGAAAUAAACAGAAUGAUGAAUGGUGUAUGGUCUUUGGACCAAAUUCAAAGAAAGUGGAAGUCUAUGAAAGAUCGCUAUCUGAAAUUAAAAUCAGAGUAUUCUGAGCAUGUCCCAACUGGUAGUGGAAGAGAUAAAGCUAAGAAGAUUACUUGGAAAUAUUAUGGCAUGUUGACAUUUCUCAGCAGUGUGAAUGUUCCUCGAAAAACAGUUUCUUCUCUGCAUGAGGAAACAGCAGAGAGGAUACCUAUUCAUGAAAAUACCCAAGAAGCUAAUAAAACUUCCAAACCUAGAGGACAAAAGAAGAAAAGAAAUUUGGAUGAAGAAAUUCUUGAGGCUAUCAAAAAUACCACAAUGCCUACUCCUCAGCCUACUCAACCAAAUGAUGUCCAUUAA